AUGUUCAUCAUCAACUGGUUCUGGGACGUGCUUGCUCAGCUUGGCCUUUUGCACAAGAACGCCAAGAUCCUCUUCUUGGGUCUCGAUAAUGCUGGCAAGACCACUCUGCUGCACAUGCUCAAGAACGACCGUCUAGCGACCCUCCAACCCACACUCCACCCAACGUCGGAGGAGCUUGCCAUUGGAAACGUGAAGUUCACGACUUAUGAUCUUGGUGGUCACCAGCAGGCGCGUCGUCUCUGGCGUGACUACUUCCCCGAGGUCGACGGCAUCAUUUUCCUCGUCGACAGUGCCGACUUCGAGCGGUUCUCCGAGUCGAAGGCGGAGCUUGACGCUCUUCUCUCCAUCGAAGAGCUGUCGAAGGUGCCCUUCCUUAUCCUCGGCAACAAGAUUGACGCACCUGGGGCGGUGAGCGAGGACGAACUCAGGCAUCAGCUUGGGCUAUACCAGACCACGGGCAAGGGAAAGGUCCCCCUCAACGAUAUCCGCCCCAUUGAGAUCUUCAUGUGCUCGGUUGUGCAGCGUCAAGGGUACGGAGAAGGUUUCCGAUGGCUCUCACAAUACGUGCGUACUUCGCAUUGCUGA